GAAAGCCAAGUUGCUCUUUUUGAUGUUUAUCUUUUCUGGGUAUCUUGAGAAUUCCAUCAAAUUUUGAUUUUUGAUUUUUUCCCUUUUUUAUUUUCUGGGUAUGCUUGUUGUAGAGAGAAGAAGAGUAGUGAUGAGCUGGAGGAGAGUGGGGAAGUCACUGCUGGCCCUGCUAGCCCAUGCCUUGCUCUUCUCUUUCACCCUUUUACUCGUUCUUAAGCUUCACCAUGCCUUCUCCUAUUCUUGGUGGCUUGUAUUUGCCCCGUUAUGGCUCUUUCAUUCAGUCGUAGCACGUGGGAGGUUUUCUUUGCCUGCUCCAGCAAUCCCUCAUGAUCGUAAUUGGGCCCCCUUUCAUACGGUCAUGGCAUCACCAUUGCUUGUUGCUUUUGAGCUCCUUUUGUGUAUACAUCUUGACAAUAGCUUUGUUGUUAAUCUGAAGAUCGUCUUUAUGCCCCUGCUUAUAUUUGAAAUAGCUAUUUUGAUUGAUAAUAUCAGGAUGUGCAGAGCUUUAAUGCCCGGAGAUGAUGAAAGUAUGAGUGAUGAAGUGAUAUGGGAGACCCUUCCACAUUUUUGGGUUGCAAUAUCUAUGGUCUUUUUUAUUGCUGCCACAACUUUCACUCUUUUAAAGUUAUGUGGUGAUGUUGCAGCUCUCGGCUGGUGGGAUUUAUUCAUAAAUUUUGGUAUUGCAGAGUGCUUUGCCUUUCUUGUUUGUACAAAGUGGUAUAAUCCAGCAAUUCAUCGAAAUUCCCAUCUUGGACAAACCAGCUCAUCUUCAAUGAGUACGAGAUACCUGGACUGGAACAGAGGUUUGGUAGUAUCUACUGAUGAAGACAUGCAACAGAACAGUGGAAUGUGCAGCAUGCAAGAUAUUGGAGGGCAUGUUAUGAAAAUUCCAUUUAUUGGUUUCCAGAUCAUGCUUUUCAUGUACUUAGAGGGAACACCACCUAGUGCAAGAAAUAUAUCAUCUCCAGUCCUUUUUUCUCCUCUUCUGCUGCUGCAAGGAGCUGGGGUUGUUCUUGCUGCAUAUAGAUUGAUUGAGAAAAUUGUUAUUUUAAUACAUAGUGAAGCUGUCUCUGGAAGAUACUUUGAUAUAUCAUCAAAAGUGGUUGAAUUUUUUGGGUUCUUGCACCAUGGGUCAAGGUUGCUGGGUUGGUGGUCUAUUGAUGAAGGAAGUCGAGAGGAGCAGGCUAGACUUUACUGUUCUGGGGCAUCUGGAUAUAACACUUUCUCACCUGAUUCUGUGAAGAAAAUGCCUAAAUCAGAUCUGGUUGAAGAGAUUUGGAGAUUACAAGCUGCAGUCCGUGAGCAGACAGAAAUCACACAAUUUAGCCAGCAGGAGUUUGAAAGACUUCAAAAUGAAAAGAUUCUCUGUAGAGUUUGCUUCGAAGAACAAAUCAACAUAGUCCUCCUCCCAUGUAGGCAUCAUGUCCUCUGCAGUACAUGCUGUGAGAAGUGUAAAAGGUGCCCAAUCUGCCGUGUUUCUAUCGAAGAGCGACUGCUGGUGUAUGAUGUGUAGUCUGAAAUUACCUGUAGAAAAAAUUCAUGUAAAGUUUUGAAGAAUUGCUUGUGAUUUUUGGUGAAGCAAGCAUUGAGAAGCAGGUCAAUUUGGUUUCUUGGAACAAGAUACAGUUGUGUAAUCGCAUCCAAGAAUUGUAAAUAACAUUUGGUUGCAUUUAUGUAAUGAAAUUUAGGGAUUUUGACAUGAUACAAA